AUGGUGAUACCUAUUACUCCUAAAGAAUUUGAUGAUGCUUUGCAUGGAAUAGGUGAUCUGAAGGCCCCGGGAGCUGAUGGCUAUAGUUCAAAAAUUUUCAAGUCCUGCUGGCAUAUAGUGAAAGAUGAUGUUGUGGAUGCAGUUAAGGAGUUUUUUGAACAAGACAGACUGUUUAUUCCCUUCAACCAGACUGUGGUUACUCUGGUGUCAAAAUCUGAGCAAGCUACCUCUGUGAAGGACUAUAGACGAAUUGUUGGAUGCACAGCUUUUUGCAAAAUUAUCUCCAAGGCCCUCACAGUCAUAAUGGGUAAGGUGCUUCCAAGUAUUGUGAACUUAUCUCAGGAUGCAUUUAUUCCUGGUCAGGUAAUUCAUAACCAUAUUAUGUUGGCUUAUGAGUUGAUUAAGGGUUAUAAUAGGAAAUGGGGGUACCCAUAG